GGAUCGUUAACGGGGGAAUCGUUUGUGAAGUGACAUCUGGUGAUAGCUAGUGGAGGUGAUAGGUCUAGUCAAGGAAAGGGAGUACCAGGUUUGAGUGAUGGUCGCGAAAGAAGAGGAUGGACGUGUACGUGUCGGAAGUUGUGGAGCUGUAUAGGCCGGGUUUUUGUGAGUCCUUGAGAGACGAGGUGCAGCCUUACGGAUAUCCAACCGGCGCCAAAGAAAGGAAAACAGGCGCAUCAGACUGUAGGGAUGCAACUGAAGAGCUGAAUCGAGUAAAGACGGUCAUUGUCAAGGGCUCUUGCCAGAAACAACAUUGCCGUCGACGAGCACAGGAACGCGCUAUGCAAAUAUGGACUUUAUUUAAGCGACGGCCAGCGGUAUAACUCAUUCUGAUUGCGACUCUUACUGAGGAGCGAAAUGGCCCUACUCUCUGUCGUUUGUUUGCAAGAAGCGGUCACUCAAACAGAACAGACACAAGUUCGCCUGUACCAGACUUCCGAGUGCAGAUACGGCAAGAAGAGCGCUUUGAGUACAGACGGAAGGAACACAGUCAGACGCCAGAAAUCAGUUGCGGGGCCCAAAGUUUCCGAUGACCUUGCCGUGGUAGAUUGGGAGACGCGUUUGGAGAGCGGAGAAGGGUGGGAGAUUGUGGUUCGGAGCCUUUCACCACAACCAGCCGCGCCCUUUUUACAAAUAUGGAAGCUUCGCGUUGAUAGCACCUUGUGGAGACAUCCUCCCUCCCAGAAAACGCACAUCCCGCCAUCGCAAGUCCCACCGCAAAACGCCCGUAUCCCUUCGGCUACAAUGCCUGGUCCUGCCGACGACGACUUCCCGGCACUAACCCCCAUACUAAAAGACUCAACCGGCACCAACCAAAUGGAAAUGCUCACCCUCCAUCACCGCAAGCCAGUUGUUGGGUCUAACCUGGAUGGAUUGGGGACGUGUUUGGAUGAGAAGUUGGGGAUUUACCGUUUCGCAGGCUUGUCAGUGCGUUUGGAGAAACGAACGGAGCUUGGCGUCGCGCGUGCGUGUGGAGGAAAGUUCGUGUAUUUUCUGGGAGAAUCGGGAUGCUACGGUGUCGAUAGUGGUGGUCAAAGCAAGACGCAAGCCAAACAUGGCAUCCCGGUUCAAUGCUGUUCUUCUCGACGCUGGCUACAUAAUGGAAAGGUGGUGCUCAACGAAGCAGUACUUCGAUCUCUUCCGAAAUACGACGUCCAUCUUGCAACCAAGGUAGCCGCAGCCCUUGCGCAGUUAAGGUCAUCCUCCGGCGACUCCAAUUCCUAA